UCAUCACUGUGGUAUCUGAGUCCCGCCAUUUCCAGCCGAAUUCCAGCCCCAGCUGGAUUCAAUGAAGAAUCACUCUGAGCCCAGGGAUAUAGGGUUCAUGCAGGCCAGGCUCAUACACUAAGUUCUGCUUGGGCUCAUAAGUAGUUUGUUGCAGAAGUUGGACUUUGGCUCCCACUGAAUGAGAAAAGGUCUUAUGGUCAAAGGAGAUUAAUUAGGAGAUUAAUUAGGAGAUUAAUUAGGAGAUUGCUAAAGCCCCAGGGCUCUGCUCCAGAGACUCACAUGAGUGUACCACCAGCUCCCUGCUGUAUAAACUGUGUCUGUCUGGCAGGGUGGUUGUGUUGGUCCUGCUGAUAUUGCAGAAGUCCUCUGAGAGAAGGGGACAAGGGAGAAAAUUAGACUGAUUGCAUGAUUCCUGUGAGUGGAGAUGCCCACUGGCUUUCAUUUAUCCAAAAGCUCAUCUCUACAGCACAGUUCUGCUCAUGCAUGUGAACCAAUGCAGGGUAAGAAUGGCUGGGACCGUAAUAGGGACCAAAAGGAGAUCGUGCCCUGCUCUUCAAUGGUUAAAAUGUUAAUCUGAAUACUUCUCACCCCACUGUAGCACAUCCACGCCACACAAGCUGUACUUUCAGCUCACCAAAUCUCUCAGCCUUUCUGCUUCCCAUGGCGCGGGUCCCACCAGGUGCAAUGACUUUCUCUUCCCAGGCAAUAUGUUUGGCCAUGUAUGUGGUCCGACUGACUCAGUGAUAUCAGAGCACUUCCAAAAACAAGAUGUUUUCACCAAACCACUCUCUGAUAAUCAAACAAACCAAAGGGCGAUCUAACUAGAUUCACAAAAGAAAAACGUGUAGCUGCCAAAGAACUGCUGUUAUCUCUGGCAUGGCUGGGUCACUGGGACAUUUCACAGAAACAAAAAUGUAUUUCCUGUGUAGACCCAAUUAAAAUACCUCCAGGGAAAUGUUUCAUGUGCUCUUAAGACCUGAAGCCAAAGCUACCCAAACGGCUUGUAAGGAAUGAGAUUACUUCCCAGGGGUUGAUGGAAAGCACCGAGCACCCUCUGCUGCACUGAUUAAAAUUAGGCUCAGCAGCAGCAUGUGGCCUUGUGAAUACCUGGCAGAAGGGUGUUCUGCCCUCCUAGCGAGACAGAGGCUGCCUCUCACUGCCAAGAGCUCAGAUAACGUUGGAGGACACUGCAGGAUUCAGCCCAGCUGUCCCUCCAUGACUGAAGCCACCAGCCUUUCCUGAUUCAGACACAAGGUUUGGAGAAGAGAGCACAAUCUGUGUUGUAAAGGUCAGCUAUACCUUUCCUCCUGGGUCUGACCAAGUUCCCUGUCCACAGCUUUACUUCAAAGGGAGGAGGACUUUGCUGCCCAUGCACAGGUCUCUGGGGGCAGAUGGAGGUUUUGUGUUGUUUGCUAUGCAGGAUCUGGCUGCUUUUCUUGCUGUUCUGGCUGGGACAAGGGAGGCAGACGGUUCCCCCAGGUUUUAUAGAGAGCAGUUGCCGCUCCAGGAUUUUUUGGAUGAAACUGAAUAAACUCUUGCUCCAGGGAAAAUUCUUCCAGCUGGAAAUCAAUGAUCCUUACGCUGGCCCCAUUCUGCUGGAUGAGAAACUAGCAUCUCGUUGUGGCUAUGUCCUGUCAGAAGAUGUGUGGGGCAAUCCCAUCUUCCGUGCAUCAGUGCUUGGCUGUCACGUGGCCAACGAGGCAGAUGAGCUGUUUUCAUUGACUGUAAACAUAAAGGUCUCCUCAUUUUCAAGCAUGAGGGCAGCAGUGACCUACGUCUACCCUAUGUACUGCUCUUACUCUUCUUGGGCCUCAAGAGAAAUUGUGUGUGAAGAAAACUACAUGGAGGUGUCAGUGAGGACGGAUGUCCCUGCAGUUUCAAAUGACUACACCGUGGCGUGGAUGUCAGCACUGCCAGAGAUUCAAAAUGUUGCAUACCAGCAAUGGCAACUGAUGUUUGUUUCCCCAUCAGGGAGAAAGAGAAUAAUGGUAAGCGAUGCAGCAAAACUGGGCUACAGCUUCAAUAAUACACUGUCCCGAGUGUACCUCCGUGCGCCCUAUCACAGCAACGAGUCUGACAUCAGUGUGGUCAGUGGAGUAACUAUGAACAUGGUGACCUCCACUUCCAUGUACAGGCAGCGGUGGCUCCUUUUGCUGAUUGACACGACUGUCUCCUGUCCCGUUGAUGGCCUCAGUUUCACUGAUACCACUCUAACAUGGACUGUGCCGAGUGUUAUCCCCACAUUAGUGGUUCAAGAAUCCACCUUUCUGUCUAAAAACAUUUUAAUGGGAGUCGAUGGCCAAGUCACAAUAAACCUGGAGGAGAAGAACUACUUACUGGAGCACAACAAGACACACAUCAGAAUAACUAUCCCUAUUGGAGCAGAAGGAGGCAAGCUAAAGAGCUCCAUAUCUGGUGGUGUGUAUGGAGUAAUUUACAGUAUUGACUUGUUCUUGGAGCACACAUGGAUAGAUGCAGACUGGCAAACCACAAAGUAUACUCUCAUGAAACCUGUUACCACACCUUUCAUGCCACAAAUACCAACUGUUACCAAGAAUACUCUGCCAGAGGAAAGGCUAUUUAAUGUUGCAUUUGGACACUUUCUUCCUGACGUCUCUCUGGUGGCAAUUGCAAUAGGAAAUGUGCCAUUUACCCUGAGAGAAGCACAGCUUCAUGGGUUUAGGAUUUAUGAAACUCCCUUUUCGAAUAGAACAAAAGGGUUUACCCUGGAAGUCUCUUUUGAUGAUCCGCAUGUUCUAAAGGAGUAUGUGAAUAGAAAUGAAACAAAAUAUACCCUUCUCGUUAACUACACUCUAAGUGUGGGUCCGGAGAUGACACUCUAUUAUCAUUCUGCAGAGGUGGAGUGUGUGAUUGCUGAUAUUGACAUACCAGAAGCAGCUGGUUCCUGUGAUGAAGAAAACCUGUAUCUAACCAUUCCUACGUUUGGCUUACAUCGGUAUUGGGAUCUCUAUCUUGGUAACAAGCUCCUAAACCGGCACGUCGUGCUUACCAAUGGGUAUCUUGCAGCUACCAAUUCUACACACCUGAUCUUGCAAAUACCUCUGUUUGCUGUGGGAAUUACCUAUGAGGAAGUGUCCUUUCAGAAAAUUAAAGCAAGAUUUGAUGUUGCCCUAAGGAAAGUGAGAACUAUGGAGACCUUACAGAUGUUCUCUGUUAGCUGCAAUUUUAAUUCUUCAGCAUUUAUAAUAUGCCAUCCAGAUGGUACCGUAAUGGUAUCUGCCCAAAUGAAGACAGUACCUGCCAUUGAUAUGAGUAAAACCAAACUAAGGGAUAGCUCUUGCAAGCCGAGAGAGUAUAACGAAGGACAUGCCUUCUUCAAGUUCCAUGUCACUACUUGUGGCACUUCAGUAAGGUUUGAAGGUGAUCACAUUAUUUAUGAAAAUGAAAUCUCUUAUGAGAAAGACACACUUCCAAGACAGAGCAUUCCGACAAUCACAAGAGAUCCAGACUACAGACUAACAGUCUUGUGUUACUAUCGAGCAAAAGAGACCCUAGUGCUAGGUGCCUCGACUAGUGAUCCAUCCAUAUCACCUUCCUUUGGCUCUGGCACGAUGGUACCAAGAUCAAAUAUUGCAGUACACAGAAGGAUAAGACAAGCCCUGAAUGUAGUUUCAAGACUGUCCAAAGAGUUGAAAGACAGAAGCCCCAAUGCCGAGUUAUAUCUGGAAAACUGCUGGGUGACCGGGUCUCUAGACUUCAACAGCACUCCAAGAUGGAACAUCACUGUGGAUGGGUGCGAGAUUAAUGACAGUGAGUACGUUGCAGAGUUCUUUCCAGUAGCUGUAAGCCCCAGGGUGAGACAUCCUUCUCACUUCAAAAGGCUAGCAGUAAGGACCCUGACACAUCGACUCAAACAGAUGUAUGUGCACUGCCUGGUGGCAGCCUGCUCUCCUGCCAAGAUACCACCCAGCAGACCCUGCAGAGGACAGUGCAGCUCAAGCAGGGAGAGAAAGGCCUUUACAGGUCAUGGUUCAGACAAACUCCAGGGCUACGUACUCACAGGACCAGUCCAGAUUGUUGAUCCAGACCUGAGAUGACACACAUAAAGUGGAUUUGCACCAGAAGGCUCUACUGUGCCGGCUGCUUUCUAAAUGGUGCAACGCGACACGGGAGCUUCCUCUCUCAGGGACCACCAGAACUAUCUUGCUAGAAGUGAAAAGACAAGACUGUGGGACUCCGUACAGCACUACAGCCCUGGGAAGUGCUAGGGUCUGCUAAAUGGAUUAGUAAAUGUUGUAACCUGUUGCCUCUCUGAAGUGCCUACAAAAGGAAACUUAACAGAAAAUAACCCAAGGCUGCAAAAUAACACUUUGUUUUUCUUCCAGCUGUUGAAAUAUGGACUUACAGAUCACUAAAAUUAUUCCAGCCCUGAUUAUGGCUCCUUCUUGUAAUAUUUCAUAAAGUGACUGCCAAUCCUCCCAUGUGAAUGUUAAGUGCAAAUCUGAAAAGUCAAAUAAAAAUACAUAAAAAGUAACACAAGUGAAG